AUGACCGAAAAAUUCGAAACGGCCGGAGUUUGUACCGAAGUAUGGUGGAGCUCCUCCAACGACAUGAUCUCGGGAUACUCUCUGCCACGUUCCACUGAAAUUUUUGUUGAUAUCGGCGGAUUUGAAUGGCAAAACAUUGAUACCCUCGAUGCCAAAACCUAUAACGAGAGCCAUCUUAAUACUUCUACAUACUUAGGCAAUACAAAUCUCGAUUCCACUUCACAAAUCUUUGUUUUGAACCAAUCUAACCUUCAUGAAGAAGAAAGAUUUAAUUCUAUAGAUAGUUUUCUAGAAGGAUUGUUCGAUUUAAGUGAGCAAUUAUCGGUUCCUAAUUGCACGAAACCAGGACUACUCGAAAGCUUUCACUUCUUUGAUGACAUUUUCUUGAACGAAUCAAGAACUGUAUCAGUAUUUGAUCACGAGAAUGAAGACAAGCCUGAGGAAGAAAUACAACCAUGCAAGAGUCUAAUUAAUUGCAAGAGAGCAAGCGAUGAAGAACUCGAAGAUAUCGAGUCAUUACAGCCAUUAAAAAGACCAAGACUCGAGACACCAUCUCAGUUUCCGAGCUUCAAAGUUCGUAAAGAGAAACUCGGAGAUCGAAUAACGGCACUUCAGCAGUUAGUUUCACCCUUUGGCAAGACAGACACUGCUUCUGUUCUCCAUGAUGCUAUAGAGUACAUCAAGUUUCUUCAAGAACAAAUCAAAGUCUCAUGUAAUCCACACCUGGACUCUAGAGGAUCUGGUGAACAGAAGCAGUGUACAGGCACAUCAGACAACAAUACUCAUGAUCAAGAUUAUAGUCCAAGACAAGAUCUACGAAGCCGCGGUCUUUGUCUCAUGCCGAUUUCAAGUACUUUCUCCGCCUCUCUGCCGCAUUUGGACACCUCUAGUUUCUGGAAUUAUAAAUCCUGA